CUCUCGAGUUCUUCAAAGCAAGUUGCCGCAUACUCUGAAACCCAAAUCUCCCAAAACUCUCUGAAACCAUGUCGUCAAAAAUUGACAACCCUGCAGAAACCAUGUCAUCAAACACCGAAAACCCUGCUGCAACCACAUCAUCGAAGAAGAAGAUUAUAACCCUGCAGAGCUCCGAUGGAGAGGCUUUUGAUAUUGAAGAGGUGGUGGCCCUUGAAUCGCAAACAAUUAAGCACAUGGUGGAGGAUGACUGCGUCGACAAUGGCGUCCCUCUGCCGAAUGUGACAGGUGUCAUUCUAGCCAAGGUUAUUGAGUAUUGCAAGAAGCACGUAGAGGAGCGGACCGCCGAGCUCAAGACUUGGGACCGUGAGUACAUCGACGUCGACCAGAACGUACUCUUUGAUCUCAUAUUGGCAGCCAACUAUCUGAAUAUAAAAGGGCUGCUGGACUUGGCUUGCCAGCAAGCGGCGGACAUGAUCAAGGGAAAGACUCCGGAGGAGAUUCGCAAAACUUUCAACAUCAAGAAUGACUUCACUCCUGAGGAAGAAGAGGAGAUUCGGAAGGAGAACCAAUGGGCAUUUGAGUGAAGCAGAGAGCUUUUGAGGAAGAAGAUUCGAUCGCUUUUGCUUCUAGGGUUUUUUCUUAUUUUAUUUUAUUUUUAGAAAUUGAAUUGUUUCGCUUCUAGGGUUAAUAGA